CGUGCAGGCGGGUCAGCUCCGCGUACCUCCCGCACUUCACUGGAGCCCUCCGCUUUGAGCCGCGGGAACGAUCGUCUUUGGCUUUCAGCGCCACUUUUUAAAACUCGCACCUCGCAAAUCGCCGCGUUGACGCCGCUGUUCCGGACGCAAAAAGUGAGCGAAUGAAGCGAGCGGCUAAGGCUAAAAAUAAAGGUUGAAUGCUAACGGCUAGUAGCAGCAGCAGCCGCCUGCCCGUCACUGACUGGGGCUGGAGAUCCGCGGCUUCUUCCUGGGUUUAGCCGCACGAACACCCUCCCUGCUGCAAAUAUCGUAAAGAGAUGCAGAGUCCAGAGCAGCGCUGAAGAAAACUGAGGUCUGACACCAUGGAGCCUCCCUCUGAAACCCAACAGGAGCCAGACAAGACUUCACAGCAUGCAGAGGUGCGGGAGCAGCGGGCCACGUCGGUCGUGAGCAGUGAUGAGUUGGCGGCUCUGACCCCAGGCAGGAUGAGCCAGCGGCAGCUCAAAGAUCGCGAGCGGGAGAAGGAGGCGGGGCUUCACACACCUGUCAGGGAGCAGCACCUGUCGAGCCCGUCCGCAGCCAGUCCGGGGGGCAGCCACGGUCACGGCUUCGAGAGAGUGAAAGAGGACCUGCUGCCACUGCCUUUGAAAGAAGACGCUCACUCCAUUUCCAAAAGCAAGUCUGAGACAAAGUUGUACAAUGGCUCAGACAAAGACGUGUCAGCCUCCGGGGGAAAACUCACCAAGAAGGAAUCGCUCAAGGUGCAGAAGAAGAACUACAGAGAGGAGAAGAAGAGGGCGACUAAAGAGCUGCUCAGCACCAUCACCGACCCGUCUGUGAUCGUCAUGGCCGACUGGCUCAAGAUCCGGGGAACGCUGAAGAGCUGGACGAAGCUGUGGUGCGUGCUGAAGCCGGGCGUCCUGCUCAUCUACAAGACCCACAAGAACGGGCAGUGGGUGGGCACCGUGCUGCUGAACGCCUGCGAGCUCAUCGAGAGACCCUCCAAGAAGGACGGCUUCUGCUUCAAACUGUUCCACCCGCUCGAGCAGAGCAUCUGGGCCGUCAAGGGUCCUAAAGGAGAAGCGGUGGGCUCCAUCACUCAGCCUUUACCCAGCAGCCACCUCAUCUUCAGAGCCGCCUCCGAGUCCGACGGCCGCUGCUGGAUGGACGCUCUGGAGCUGGCUCUCAAGUGCUCCGGUCUGCUGAAGAGGACCAUGAUCAGAGAGGGCAAAGAGGAGCCCACUGUGGCCACGGGAGGAGAACACUCCAUCAACUUCUACAGCCUCCUCAGGGCGCACAACUUGCAUUCUUCAGAUAAUUUCAGGUUUAACGACAGCGAUCACCUGAAAGACCCGGACCUGUACUCGGAUAAGUCGGACCGGGAGCAGGACCACGAGGAGUCUGACGCCGAGGGGCUGGAGAAGAGCGAGGAGAGCGACAGCGACACUUCGGAACGCCAGGACGACUCCUACAUCGACCUGGACCCCAACGAGCACCUGCGGGAGACGCCGUACAUGGAGCAGUCGCACGAGGAGCUGGGAGAGGCAGGAGAGGCGUCGCAAACAGAGACGGUGUCCGAGGAGAACAAGUCUCUGAUCUGGACUCUGUUGAAGCAGGUGCGACCCGGGAUGGACCUGUCCAAAGUGGUGCUGCCCACCUUCAUCCUGGAGCCGAGAUCGUUCCUCGACAAACUCUCGGACUACUACUACCACGCCGACUUCCUGUCAGAAGCUGCAGUGGAAGAAAACGCCUACAACCGAAUGAAGAAAGUGGUGAAGUGGUACAUCUCUGGAUUCUACAAGAAGCCCAAGGGUCUGAAGAAGCCGUACAACCCGAUCAUCGGAGAGACGUAUCGCUGCAUGUGGCUCCAUCAGAAAACCAACAGCAAAACCUUCUACAUCGCUGAACAGGUUUCCCAUCAUCCUCCAGUCUCUGCGUUCUACGUCAGCAACAGGAAGGACGGCUUCUGUGUCAGCGGCAGCAUCCUCGCCAAGUCCAAGUUUUACGGAAACUCUUUGUCGGCCAUUUUGGAUGGAGAGGCGCGUCUCACGUUUCUGAAUCGAGGAGAAGAUUAUGUGAUGAACAUGCCCUACGCCCACUGUAAAGGGAUCUUGUACGGCACCAUGACCCUGGAGCUGGGAGGUCAGAUCACCAUCACCUGUGAGAAAACCGGGUACAGCGCCCAGCUCGAGUUCAAGCUCAAGCCGUUCUUGGGCAGCAGUGACUGUGUGAACCAGUUUUCAGGAAAAAUAAAACUGGGCAAAGAAGUUCUGGCCACACUGGAAGGACACUGGGACAGUGAGAUCUUCAUAAACGAUAAGAAAACAGGCGCCAUGGAAACUUUCUUCAACCCGACUCCAGACCUGAGGCAGAACCGUCUGACGAGGUGCACGGUGCCGCCGGAGGAGCAGGGAGAGUUUGAGUCUGAGAGACUUUGGCAGCACGUGACCCGCGCCAUCAACAACAAGGACCAAACGGAAGCGACCAACGAGAAGUUCCUGCUGGAGGAGGCGCAGAGGAAGUCGGCGCGAGAGCGAAAAGCCAAAUGUGAGGAGUGGAUCCCGGCGCUGUUCGAGCAGGACCCGGUGACGGGGGAGUGGCACUACAGAUACGCAGACACUCGCCCGUGGGACCCCCUCAACGACCUGAUCCAGUUUGAGAAAGACGGCUGCAUUCAGACCAAAGUGCGCCACCGGACGCCCAUGGUGACGGUGCCAAAGAGGAAACACAAAAGUGACAAACCCAAAAGUGCAGAGAGCGGCUGUUCUUCCCCCGAGCCCGACCAGCACGACUCCUCAGGCAGUGAACGACACAAGAGCAAACACAACAGUCGCCUGAGGAAGAAAGGAGCAGAGCUGAGCGAGCUGCAGAGUGCCAUCGACUCCAUCAAACAGACUCAAGAGGACAUCAACAAGAGCAUCAGUGCACUGCGGACCCGGACGGCGUCUCGACCCGAGCCCACGUCUUUCCUCCAGCAGAGGGACUACGUGGUCAUCGCGCUCCUCAUCCUCCUCCAAGUCUUCAUCAACUUCCUGUUCAAGUGACGACAGCGAAACCGAGGAGGGACAAAAAGAACGAACUACGCUCUGAAAAAAAAAAAAACAA